GUGAAGGUGAUAAGUAGAAGGUUGUGUUUCGUGACCAUAGUUCACCACAUACUAUUUCUUAGGUUCUCGUUGAGCUGGUAGUUAGAUAAAUAUAAUGCAAGUGAUUCUUGUUCAGAAAAUGUGAAGGGGAAACUUUCCCAAAUAUUGCAGGCUACGUGAGCAAAACAACCGACGUGAUUUCUGUUAAUUGAUUUUAAGCUUUGACGAGUUGAAAAGUCUUCCACGAUUUUAACGCAGUUUAGUUAUUGUUAGUUAAGAACGCAUUUUUUUACAACGUGUGUCGAGUGUUCCUUGCAUUGUUGCUCGUUAAGAUAUAUAAUGUGUUAUUAUCACUGACCCUGAAACAUACACCAAGACACAUAGCGCAUUCAAUAACAAAAUCUGUAGUACAAGUGGUGGAGUAUCUGGCAGAGGAACCUCAAACAUCGGACAGACGUUGUUACGGCUUACGAGUGUUGGGGACCUAAUGCUAUUUUAAUUGAUUUCUCUGCCGUCAUCGGGCUAUACAGGAAGCAUGUUGGAGCCGAGCAGCUCAGACGAAGGGUCGGGGGAUGAGGCGGUGGAGGACACACCCCCGUCCAGGGGAGGGGGAGGAGGUCCCCAGAGAGGGGGCGGCGUCCAGGCUGCCAGGAAAGAGGAGUCUGCUGGACUGGCGGUGCCUCAGGCCCAGCUCACCAGGAGCGUGUCGCCGUCGAGCACCCUGAGCGUGGACACAGCGAGUGCGGGGGGCGGUGGGGGGGCCAUGGGGGGCGGCAGCUCCCGCGCCAACUCCAUCGCCCGCCCCUCGUCCCCCUCCCCCUCCGCCCUCAGCGACAAGACUCUCACCCAGGAGGACCCAGCCGAGAAGCAAGAGAGGGAGGAGGUAGAGCGCAAGCAGCGGCUGCAGCUGUACGUGUUCGUGAUGCGCACCAUCGCCUACCCCUUCAACGCCAAGCAGCCCACGGACCUCGCCAAGCGCCCCAUCAAAGUCACGAAGCAGCAGCUCGAUACCAUCCUGGGGCGCUUCCAGAGCUUCCUUAAGGGCGAGCUUCAGAUCGCCGCGGACGAGGCGUUCACGAACGCCGUGCAGAGCUACACCGACGUCUUCCUGAAGAGCGAACGCGUGACGGCGCUGGUGGCGUCAGGGGCGUGCUCGCAGCACGACCUGCGGGAGGUCUUCCGCAACAACGUCAGGAAGAGAGUCCGGUCCCUGCCAGAAAUAGACGGUCUGAGUAAGGAAACCGUCAUCACGUCUUGGAUGGCCAAGUUUGACUGUAUCAUAAAAGGAGAGGAAGACACCAAGAGACCGAACAGAAUACCGGCCCUGAACAGCGAGCAGAUCAUGCCCAAGGAGCAACUGUUCGACGUGUUCCAGCAGAUCUUGGGCGUCAAGAAAUUCGAGCAUCAGCUGCUCUACAACGCCUUGCAGCUGGACAGUCAAGACGAGCAGGCGGCGGCCAUCAGGCGGGAGCUGGACGGUCGUAUGCAGAAGGUCAACGAGCUCGAGCGGAACCGGAAGCUGAUGCCGAAGUUCGUGGUGAAGGAAAUGGAGUCGCUGUACCUGGAGGAGCUUAAGACCUCCAUAAACCUGCUCAUGGCCAACCUAGAAUCUCUACCGGUCUCCAAGGGCUCCACUGACAGUAAAUACGGACUUCAAAAACUUAGAAAAUAUAAUCACAGCAGCGACUCUUUGCUCUCUCACAGUCUCGACAACCUCAGUAGACGAAAAAAGUACAAAUUUUUCCAGAACCUCACUCACAGGAGAAGGUCCCAAAGUUCGCUGGGCGGUCGAGACUCUGAGUCAAUAGACACAGAAGUGACGCUUUCCAAGAUGGACGUGGUGUUGUCUUUCAUCCUCGAGGUGGUGGUGAUGGAGGUGCGAGGUCUCAAGUCGCUGCCCCCGGACCGCGUGGUGUACUGCACCAUGGAGGUGGAGGGGGGCGAGAAACUCCAGACUGACCAGGCGGAGGCAUCCAAACCCAUGUGGGAUACACAAGGAGACUUCACCACCGCGCAGCCGCUGCCGAGCGUCAAGGUGAAGCUCUACACAGAGAACGCCUUCAUGCUCGCCCUGGAGGACAAGGAGCUCGGCAGAGUUGUUUUGCAUCCCACGGCGCUCUCAAUAAAGGCUCCAGAGUGGCACAAAAUGACGGUACCGAAGAACGCAUCAGAUCAGGACCUCAAGAUUAAAAUUGCCUGCCGUAUGGACAAGCCACAGAACUUGAAGCACUGCGGAUAUUCGUACGCGCUGGGCAAGAGCGUAUGGAAGAAAUGGAAGAGGCGUUAUCUGUGUCUGGUGCAGGUGUCUCAGUACACGUUCGCCAUGUGCAGCUACAGAGAGAAGAAGAGCGAGCCGACAGAGAUGAUGCAGCUGGACGGGUACACUGUGGAUUAUAUAGAACCUGUUUCUGCUCAGCUAAUGGUCGGUCAGGAAUUGGAAGGUGGAAGAUUUUUCUUCAACGCCGUGCGUGAAGGCGACUCAAUCCUGUUCGCGACUGAAGACGAGAACGAAUCCCAUCAGUGGGUGACUGCGCUAUACCGCGCCACGGGGCAAGCCAACAAACCCACGCCCCCGACCGCCCCGCAGGGCAAGAACUCUACCUUCUCGAAGAUACAGGGAGACGCGGAUCGCGCCAAGAAGCACGGCAUGGACGAGUACAUCAGCGCGGACCCCGUCAAGUUUGACCACCACAGCCUCUUCAAGACCCUGCAGAUUGUCACCCUCGAGUACAGACUCAACGAUCCGUAUUGCUCCCUGGGUUGGUUCAGUCCUGGCCAGAUCUUCGCUUUGGACGAGUACCAGGCGAGGUACGGGGUACGUGGCUGCUUCAGGCACCUCUGCUACCUCGAGGACCUCCUCGACCGGGCCGAGAAGGGCCAGAUGAUCGACCCAAAGCUGAUUCACUUUUCGUUUACCUACUGCGCCUCCCACGUGCACGGCAACAGAACAACUGAGGACGGAAGCGUAUCAGUUGGUGGUCAAGAAAAUAACACAGCUCAUGUCGCAACGGAACAACCAAGGCCGGACGGCGUGGGUACAGUUCUGGCUGAGGAGCGCGACCGAUUCAUGUUAAUCAAGGAGCGACUCCGGGUACUGCUCGAACACCAAAUUACCAACUUUAUGUAUUGUUUCCCCUUCGGGCGGCCAGAGGGCGCUCUGCAGUCUGCGCUGGUGCUCCUCGAUAGCGUGUUGAUGAAAGAUAUCGUGACGCCCGUGUCACACGAGGAGGUACGCGCCAUGAUCAAGAAGAGUCUGGAGAACGCAGCCCUCCUCAACUACACCAGACUCUCCGGGGAAACCAAAGUGGAGGCCACUGAUGUACCUCUGCAAGAGGAUCUCGGGCCGGACUCUGGCGUGUCGGCAAGCAGGAAGCUGGAGGACCUAAUCCGCCUGUCGGAGCUCUGCGUCGACCUCCUGCAGCAGAAUGAAGAGCACCACGCUGAGGCUUUUCGCUCGGAUAAGGCGUUUGCUUGGUUCAGCGACCUGCUGGUGGAGCACUCUGAGAUCUUCUGGUCGCUGUUCGCCGUGGACAUGGACCAGGUGCUGUCCGAGCAGCCGCCCGACACAUGGGACGCCUUCCCCCUCUUCCAGAUUCUCAACGAUUACUUAAGACAAGAUGAUAACUUGAAGAAUGGAAGAUUCCACCAGCACCUGAGGGAGACGUUUGCUCCAAUGGUGGUUCGCUACGUGGACCUCAUGGAGUCGUCCAUCGGCCAGUCUAUACACAAGGGCUUCGAGCGCGAGCGAUGGGAAAAUCAAGGGAAACCAACUCAAGAGCUCGAUCCUAAGAAAAAAGUCGACCCUGUCGUCCUCUUCAGAAAUGGCUGUGCCACUUCAGAAGAUCUUUUCUGGAAGCUAGAUGCGUUGCAGUCCUUCAUUCACGACCUCCAUUGGCCUGACAUCGACUUUGCCAAACACUUGGAACAAAGACUCAAGUUGAUGGCAUGUGACAUGAUUGAGUCGUGCAUCACACGCACGGACAACGCCUUCCAGCAAUGGCUUAAAAAGAGUACAGGAUUUGUGUCUACCGACUACGUGCUGCCUGCCGAGAUGUGCGCGAUGGUCAACGUCAUUCUUGACGCCAAGAACCAAUCCUUCAAGCUCUGUGCCGUAGACGGCGUCGACGUGCACCAAUACCACACCAAAAUCGACGACCUGAUCGAGCGCACAAGCACUGGGAUGACGCAAGGAAUGGUAGGCAAGCUGCUCAGUGUGCUGGAGUCCGUACUGUCCAAACUUGGGCGCUACGACGAAGGCUCCUUCAUAGGUUCCAUCCUCUCGUUCACCUAUCGACAGAAUGUGAGCGGGUCUGGCCGAGAGCUGGGCAAGGCGUACAUCAACUUUAUGCGCAAUUCUAUGGACCAAAUUAGACAAAAAGUCAACGACGAAUUAUGGAUACUUAAUCUUCUCGAGCAAUGGUACUCAGGCCAAGUGCAGAUGCUAUGCAGCUGGCUGAGUGAAAGACUGGACCAUAACCUCCAUCCGUACCAGUGUACCUGCCUAGCACACAUCGUCAAGAAAAUGUACUCUGACUUCGAGCUUAACGGGAUCGAAGAAGAAAAGCUCAACACGAAGAGCUUCCAAACGAUCAGCCAACGCAUGACCACAGAGGAGGCAGCCUGUGUUUUGAUCGAUGGACAUCGAGGGGACGACGAUGGAGCCGAUGAUGACGACAUUCAUGAGUUGACUGAAGGCGCUUUGGACGAAGAAGGCGGCGCUGCAGAACCAAAAAUGAAGAGCAAAGUGGCAUCACAGCUCAGCCACACGCUCUCCGAGGACCCUGCCAAUGUAGUGGCCAACGUCAGAGCCGAGGUGUCAAACGUGGCUGGCAACGUGGCCGGCAAGGUGGGCAACGUUUUAGGAGGUUUCAGCAAGGGCUUUGGCGGUAAACUAGGAGGGUUCUUUUAAAGCAUGAAAUUACGUUGUUUGUAUGUAUUUAUCAUAGUUCAAUUCAAUCUCGUGUGUUUCUUCUAAACUCGAAUUCUCCUCAUCACACUUAACACAUGAUCUCUGGAUUCUUCCACAAGCAAAAUGGAAAAUGACGAAAACUGUCUCUGCGAGUUAACUAAAAGCUAAGUCAAGUGAGGCGCAGUUAUAGAUGCUAAGAUUGUCAACAUGACAAUGAAAAAAUCAGAACUCCAGCUAUUAUUGUAAAUACAAUAUUGAGUAGGCCCAAAUGUCAUGAUUGAUGACAUCUGGGUCAUCAAUUGAUGUUUGCAAAAUUUUUUGUCGCUGCAAUGUAUCUGGAAUGUAUGACUGUUCUAUUUCACCACGACCAAGUGGAGUCUCAGAUUGCAUGCCACGUAAUAACCCGGAGCUCAUUCUUCAUGUAUGACAAUAGCAUGUAUUCUCGUGUAAAUUUUCUGAGUACCGUGCCUCUAACGGAACUAUAGUAGAGUUGUUGAUAAAUUCGCGGAUGCCGCAAAUAAAUUAUUCGCCGCCAACACCUGACGGACCAUUCUUACCACAAAUACCCUGUACUAAUAUAAUCCUAUAGAAGUUGUGCUCAGUUGCGUUUUACAUAUACAAUAAUGUAACGAAUUUCUAUGUUCCAUUUCUGUGGGGUUUCUCGAAUAAGUUGAUCAAGUAGUGCCUGUCGCCAGAGUGAUUGGCACAGGAGUUUGUUGAGGUGCGCUAGGAAAGACAGAUGCAUGCUGGGGUUCUCGAGUUGGUUCAGUGAUUCAUUAGACUGCAAUCAUCUGUGUUAUAUACGAAUUACUGAGUUGAUCGAAGGAGAGAUAGGGAAAUGUACGAAAAUUGUUGACUGAACGACCAGUGCUUGAGGUCACUAAACAUGUUUAUAAAUUUGUUAUCAUUCUUCUUACAUAGAUUUCUUAUUAGGAAAUAGCUCUGAGCUAAAUUUUGUUUGUACGUGAGAUGGUCUGUAUAAUAUUGGUUUGUAUAGUAAUAUUGAAGAUGUAUGUACAACACACAUGUGUCGUAGGUCAAGAGCUCACACAAGUGGGAGUAAGUUACUCGUUUGUAUCCUUAUACAAGGUGCGAGUCGAGUCGUCCGUCAACCCUUAUGACUUGGCCUUAAAGAUCGGAUAAUAUUUAUCUAGAAAUAAGUAGAUACUCCAUAACAAAAUUAAAUCUUAACCCUCUUUACUUAAAACGUACAACUUUUUCAUAUUUCUUUUUUAAUCUUAAUUUUUCUUUCCAGUUUCUGGAGCACAAAUCUAGAUCUAGAGCUAAGUCCAUUUGUUGUACGUUAAUACAAAUAAUUUAGCUUUAAUAAUGAGAAUUACUGCAGAACACUGAAAAUUUUUUCAUUUGAGUUGCAGCAAAUAAGCAUAUGUCACUCACAACUUGCCGACACUUGAUUGCCGUUGUAAUUAUGGGUUUGAUGAAGCCAGAACAAUACAGAAUGAAGCGUGAAUAAACGAAUUAUUCUUCGCGGUAGAUUGGAGUUGAGCAUAAACAUUUUCAGCACCCGAUAGCUGUCAGAUAAAAAUGUUGCAGCUAUCAUGGCAGAAAAAUUUCACUGUAAAUGAUAACGUAAUGUAGUUUCUAACUCGGAAUUUGAUCUUUGAUGAAUCACCGCUAUAAUAUGACUAGAAUUGACGUAUAAAGUUAAUAUUCACACUAAUUUUUAUGAUGGAUUCUAAUCACGCAUCAUUUUUCUACCACAAAUAAUAAAACCCAAGAAAGUCUUACAAUAAACUUAAUGAAUGCCAACCUCAAGAUCGACGCAACCAAAUAAAGAUACUUCUUUGAAUGUCAUUCUCUCAAAUAUUCAGGCGCCUCACUUCUUCUCCUGUAGCUUGUCUGUUAGAAAUAACUGGUGAUCCCGUAUUAAUUAAAGAAAACUUUGGUUUAAUCACUUCAACAUCUCAAUUUGCUGGAGGUCGGAAACUUUUCCCUGUUUACUUCGCAAUUGUUCUCCCAAUGCAGAAUAAAGUAAGAUUGGCUAAAACCAGUGAUAAGUGUAAUUCCCAUUGCUCCCUGCUUGUAUAUUAGAAUAGAAUUACGAGUGUCGGAGUGCAUUGUAGGUUUCAAGGCAAGGCAGAACGACGGGUAUGCUGUUGGGUAGCAACAGACAAGUUGUAACCGAGCACAGCUCCUCCAUAUAAUCUUUGUAAAUUAGCUCAGAGUAAAGAACUCCUGCUAAUCUAAAAUUUAAAAUUCAUAUAAUCAGUAAUGAUGCGAAUGGCUAACGAUAAAGAUAAUAUACCUCUUGCAUGGAUACCUUUCCAGUCGCCGUUCAGUGCUUCGAUAACUCAACGCUAUUUAUAGCCCUUCCCUCUCUUGCGCGGAGUUUUUCCGUGAAACUGUCCAGAAAUGAAUUGAAGUAAUUAGUGAACUAUAGUUAUUGAAUGCGAAUUAAUUUCUUUGUUCUGGAAUUCAGGCUUUAACUAAAUUCAAAUAGACAACUUUUAAUACCGAAUGUUUGAUUCCAUUUGUUAGUUUUAAAUUAUUUUUGUAUGAGAAUGCGAUCCCCGUUCUGGGCAACGACUACAAGCCGAGCUUCACACAAAUUGACGGACUAGAGCCAUUUUUGUGGCAUACAUCUUGCUUUCGGUACCUAUAACUGCUUUCUCUCAAUUUUUCUACCGGAAUAUUGUGCAACACAAGUCACGAGAGUUGAUCAGUCAAUGCUGCUCGAUGCUCUCAUCUUGCCGAUACAUCACAGUAACACAUAUGUUUGAAGCAAAUACGUUGGACUUCGAUAGAUAGUUUUGGGGAUAAGCUUGAGACGGGACAUUAUUUCCUCCAUCGUUGCAGAAGUGAACUUCGUGCAUGCCAGUGUGUGGUUAUCAAUAUAUGGGGCAUUGCAUGAGGUGAGAACCCAACCUUCACUAUGCUAAUCUAUUCUUUCCUUCAUAUUGUAAAUUGGCCUCAGUUGUGGUCGGCUAGCGUUGUUGUAGUGAUGUUCAUGCCGACAGCUACAAGAUCUCAGUGGCCAAUAGAUACCUAAUAAACCAUUGAAUUAA